UUGGAUUCAAAGCCAGAAGCCUCCAGGGUGUUUCUGUGCCCAGGAGAAGCCUCAUCCCUGACACAGCUGAGACCGGAGGGCCCUGGAUACUCAGUAUGCCAGCUGUUCCAGGACUGGGGUUGCUCUGGGGCCUGGUCCAGGCAGAAGCCAAGACCGCAGUCAGUGCCCACUCAGAACCUGCCUUCCAGGUCACUGUUGACCUGAGAGCCUAGGAGGGAUGUCAGGAUAAGUCUGACAAGCAAGCUUCAUCAGCAAUCACAGCAUUUGAAAGGCUGAAGCAGGAAGAUCACAAGCUCAAGGCCAGCCUGGGAAUCUUAGUGAGAACCUGUCACAAAAUAAGGGCUGAGGCUAUCCAUAGCUCAGUGCCAAGAUCGUGAGUUCAGGCCCUAGUACUCAAAAAUAAUCCUUUGUGCCUGAACCUUCAGGAUGUUGAGGAUAGGGCCCCAGUUAGCAAGUGAGCAUAGCGCUGAUUUUGCUAAACAAAUCUGCCCCUCCCCAUGGACUCACUAUAUACCUGGGGCUCCUGCCUGACACACUGCUCUCCCUGUUGGAAGCUCCCACCUGCCAUGCCAGGGCUAGCUGUCCUGGGCCUCAGCUUUGUGGCUCUACUAGGCCUCGGGAAGGGGGGCUUACUGUGCCUGUCCCGGCAGUUCAGGAUGCAGGGUGACUACAUCCUGGGAGGACUCUUUCCCCUGGGCUUGGCUGAGGAGGCUGAAUUGAGUCAUAGGACACGACCCGAAAGCAUCACGUGUUCCAGGUUCUCAACCAUUGGCCUGUUCCUGGUGAUGGCUUUGAAGAUGGCUGUGGAGGAAAUCAACAACAGUUCCACCCUGCUGCCUGGGCUGCAGCUAGGCUACGACCUCUUUGAUUCCUGCUCAGAGCCUGUGGUCACCAUGAAGCCCAGUCUGAUGUUCCUGGCCAAGGUGGACAGCCGCAGCAUAGCCGCCUACUGCAACUACACACAGUACCAGCCCCGUGUGCUGGCUGUCAUCGGGCCCCACUCCUCAGAGCUUGCCCUCAUCACAGGAAAGUUUUUUGGCUUCUUCCUCAUGCCACAGGUCAGCUAUGGCGCAUCCAUGGACAGGCUGAGCAACCGGGAGACGUUUCCAUCCUUCUUCCGCACGGUGUCCAGCAACAGAGUCCAGCUGGAAGCCAUGGUGACGCUGCUGCAGCACUUCGGCUGGAACUGGGUUGCUGCCCUGGGUAGUGAUGAUGAGUAUGGUAGAGAGGGGCUGAGCACCUUCUCGAGCCUGGCCCAUGCGCGCAACAUCUGCAUUGCACAUGAGAGCCUUGUGCUCCUGCCCCGCACUGACAGUGUGCGGCUGGGCAAGGUGCAGGAUGUGCUGCACCAGGUGAACCAGAGUCAGGUGCAUGUGGUGGUGCUCUUCGCCUCAGCCCGUGCUGUCCACUCCCUGUUCCAGUACAGCAUCCGCCACAGCCUCACACCUAAGGUGUGGGUGGGCAGUGAUGCCUGGCUGACGUCAGACCUCAUCAUGAUGCUGCCUGGCAUCCAGCAGGUGGGCACUAUUCUCGGGUUUCUGCAGCGGGGUGCCCUGCUGCCCGAGUUCUCCCACUACGUGAGGACCCAACUGGCCUUGGCUGCCGACCCCACCUUCUGUGCCUCUCAGGAUGCUGGGCAGGAUGUGGAGGAGGACGUGGUGGGGCCACGCUGCCCUCAGUGUGACCAAAUCAUGUGGCAGAACCUGUCAACCUGGCUGGUGCAAAACCUGUCAGCUGGGCAGCUGCACCACCAGAUCUUUGCCACCUAUGCAGCUGUGUACAGUGUAGCUCAGGCCCUCCACCACACCCUGCACUGCAGUACCUCCAGCUGCCCCACACAGGAGCCUGUGAAGCCCUGGCAGCUCCUGGAUAACAUGUACAACAUGAGCUUCCAUGUUCGAGGCCUGGAGCUGCAGUUCAAUGCCUCUGGAAAUGUGGAUGUGGAGUAUGACCUGAAGAUGUGGGUGUGGCAGGGCCCAACACCCAAGCUGCACACCGUAGGAACCUUCAAUGGUAGCCUCCAGCUGCAGCCUUCACACAUGCACUGGCACACAACGUGCAACCAGGUGCCAGUGUCUCAGUGCUCCCAGGAGUGUCGUGAGGGCCAGGUGCGCCGGGUGAAGGGCUUCCACUCUUGCUGCUAUGACUGUGUGGACUGCAAGGCGGGCAGCUACCGGCAGAACCCAGAUGACCUCACUUGCACCUCCUGUGACGAGGACCAGUGGUCCCCAGAGCGGAGCACACGUUGCUUUCCCCGCAUGCCCAGGUUCCUGGAGUGGGGAGAUCCAGCUGUGCUGCUGCUGCUCUUGCUACUGGCCCUGGUGCUGGGCCUGAUACUGGCAGCCCUGGUGCUCUUCAUUAGCCACAGGGCCAGUCCACUGGUCCAGGCCUCAGGGGGGCUGGUGGCCUGCUUUGGCCUGGCCUGCCUAGGCCUUUUCUGCCUCAGCGUCCUUCUAUUCCCGGGCUGGCCAGGUCACGCCAGCUGCCUGGCCCAGCAGCCUGUGGCCCACCUCCCGCUCACAGGCUGCCUGAGCACACUGUUCCUGCAAGCAGCCGAGACCUUCGUGGAGUCGGAACUGCCACCCACUUGGGCGGUCUGCAUGCGUCGGUGUCUGCGGGCACCCUGGGCCUGGCUGCUGGUGCUGCUGCUGGUGCUGGUGGAGGCUGCGCUCUGCAGCUGGUCCCUCGCAGCUUUCCCGUCCAAAGUGGUGACAGACUGGCGGGUGCUGCCCAAGGAGGUGCUGGUACAUUGCCACAUGCACUCCUGGGUGGGCCUGGGCCUGGUGCAUGUCACCAAUGCCACGCUGGCCUUCCUCUGCUUCCUGGGCACCUUCCUGGUACAGAGCCAGCCUGGCCACUAUAACCGUGCCCGUUCCCUCACCUUUGCCAUGCUGGCCUACUUCAUCACCUGGGUCUCCUUUGUGCCCCUCUUCACCAACACGCAGGUGUUGUACCAGCCAGCUGUGCAGAUGGGUGCCAUCCUCCUCUGUGCCCUGGGCAUCCUGGCCAUCUUUCACCUGCCCAAGUGCUACUUGCUGCUGUGGUGGCCAGAGCUCAACACCCCUGAGUUCUUUCUAGGCCAGGAGCAUAGGGACACCACAAAUGGAGGUAGGAGUGGGGGCAGGGACAGGGCUCAGGGUGACCGUGAGUGACCCCUGACAGCAGGACCUCAACCCCAGUGAAUUCAGCCCCUGCAGAGACCCCAAACCAACUCCUAGACUGAUGAUCUCGCUUUUGAUUCUGACUCCAAGCUGACCUUGACCUUGAUCCCACACCUGCACUGUGUGGGAGGGGUCACAAAGCCUGCUCCACUGCCCCAAAGACCUCUCAAAAGUUCUUAGGGACUACAAUCAUAUUCUCAGCUCAGGAGACCAAUGGCCAAACAAGGGGAGGCUAAGUUGGGCACCACUCAUUCGCUGUUCCUGGGCUAAGCCUGGAGCAGCCAGCAAAGCCCACCCAGAGGGGAACCCGCACUCAGCCUAAUCUAGGUCAAGCCCAUGGAAGGGGUCCCUGCCUGCCAGUAGUACCUCGGACAGAGUACGGGUGGAGGUGGGCGUCAGCACCACGGCCAGCGACCACUACCAGGACCCCUGGAACCAGCACCAAGGACAGAAAACGGAUGGCCAGCACUGGGGACAGAGCCUUCUGGCUGCAGACUUGGAGGAUAGUGGCC